AAAGGGAAGAAAUCUUUUGACGCAUUUCUGUAUCGAGCAGUAUAUCUUGCAUGCAGAUUACGCCCUCGAUCUGCCAUCCAUGGCUGUCCUGAAUUAAAAUCCGUUUCUAUAGCAGUAAUUAAACGCGUGGGACGGGCGCGAGCGGAAUUAAUCCACCCAGCCGAAAGCGUGAUCCACCCACGCUCAUCGAUCCAAACCCAACCAUCCCGCCGCAGCCCGGCCGAGGAGGGACAAAUCAGAACGGCGCCGUCGCGGUCCGCUGCUGAUUGCCGGUGGCGUGCGCUCGUGCCGCUCGCCGCCACAUCUCGCUUUCCAGGCGUACACGCCGCUUCGCGGCUGCACGCACGCUCGCGUACGCGGCGCAGGCCUUCGUCCGGCGGCAGGCGCCGUCCCAUCCGUUACAGUGCGCAGGCAGCUAAAUGGCGAGUUCAUUGUCCUUCUCGGCUUCUCCUUCCGGCCGGCCCCUCCUCCCGUGUCCGUUCCUGCGCUCUCGGUUCCUCUCGCGCCGCGCAAUGGCGCCUCGGCGGCGCCGGGCGUGGCCCGCGGCUGCCGUCUUCGUUGCGGCCGUGGUCGCCGUCGGCUUCGCGGCCGAGGCGGCGGACAUGGUCCAGGAGAGGCUGACGGUGGGCAUGACGAUCGUCGCCGACGCCGCGUCCACGGGGGCAGUGUGCCUCGACGGGAGCCCGCCGGCGUACCACCUGCACCGCGGCUCCGGCGCCGGCGCGCGCAGCUGGCUGCUCCAGUUCGAGGGCGGCGGCUGGUGCAACGACGUGCGGUCGUGCGCCGACAGGGCCGGGACGCGCCGGGGGUCCACCCGCCUCAUGACCAAGGUCGAGGUUUUCUCCGGCAUCCUCAGCAACCUCCCGUCCAGGAAUCCAGAUUUUUACAACUGGAAUCGUGUGAAGCUACGUUAUUGCGAUGGUGGAUCCUUCUCGGGUGAUUCAGAAUAUAGAAAUGGGUCCUCAGUCCUCUACUUUAGAGGUCAGAGGAUAUGGGAUGCUAUUAUCACUGAUCUACUUCAAAAGGGACUAGCGAAAGCCAAAAAUGUACUGCUCUCAGGCUGUUCAGCAGGAGGCCUAGCGACAUUCUUCCACUGCGACAGCCUCAAGGAGCGUCUAGGAGGAGCUACCACGGUGAAAUGCCUGAGUGAUGCAGGAUUUUUCCUUGAUCUGACUGACAUUUCUGGCAACAACAAUAUGAGGAAGUUCUUUAGCAGCUUAGUUUCGUUGCAGGGAGUUCAGAAGAAUUUGAACAAAGACUGCCAGAAUUCAACAGACUGUCCAUACCUGUGUUUUUUUCCACAAUAUGCACUUCCAGACAUCAGAACCCCAUAUUUCAUCUUGAAUUCAGCUUAUGACGUGUAUCAGUUCCAUCACAUUUUCGUGCCCCCUUCAUCUGAUCCUGGGGGGCAAUGGAGCCGCUGUAAGAUGGAUCCUGGUGCAUGCAGCACAUCCCAAAUUGCAACCAUCCAAGGCCUGAGAAGUGCAAUGUUGACAUCUCUGAAACAGAUUGAAGGCAAACCAGAGGCAGGGAUGUUCAUAAACUCUUGUUUUGCACAUUGCCAGAGUGAGCUGCAAGACACAUGGUUUGCACCAGAUUCCCCGAUGAUACACGAUAAGAAAAUCGCAGAGGUGAUAGGUGAUUGGUACUUUGAAAGAGGAGCUGCCAAGGAGAUUGACUGCGCCUAUCCUUGUGAUUCAACUUGUCACAACCUUAUACCAUCUGAUCAGGAUGGAAUCUCAGGUGCUCAAAGUGGAAACGAAUUCUUCAGCAUUAGUUGUCGAAAAAUGGUUAUUUACAUGUAUAUAUUGCUCAUUGCAUUACAAAUCAUUUGACACAGGAUGAAAUUUGCCAUAUCAGUUUACCAGUCAUUGAUACACGGGCUCUGAUUUCUCCACCAGAUACAAUUUUGGGAUUUAAGAUAGGAGUCCGAGUUGAUAAAUUAAUCCAUUUGCCUGGCAAUGACAUCUUGUGUUCGCAAAAGAUGGCCCAUGCCACAGGUGAACUAGAGAGUUUUUCACCAUAUAAACAGCAGCGCGAGAAGGUGUUGCUGUAAAUUGAUGACUUGUUAAAUACAGAGUACUUGGUAGUA